GCCGUCGGAGCCGCCAUGCAGUCCUCCCGCGCCGCGCGCCUCCUCCCGCUCCUGCUGCUGCUGCUGGCGGCGCCCGCCUGGGCGCAGCCGCCCCGGGCCGGCCGCUCGGCGCCUGCCGCCACCAGCCCCGUCGCCGGGUGUCCCGAGCGCUGCGAGCCGGCGCGCUGCGCCCCGCCGCCCACCAACUGCGAAGGCGGCCGGGUCCGCGACGCGUGCGGCUGCUGUGAGGUGUGCGGCGCGCCCGAGGGCGCCGCGUGCGGCCUGCAGGAGGGCCCGUGCGGCGAGGGGCUGCAGUGCGUGGUGUCCUUCGGGGUGCCCGCCUCGGCCACGGUGCGGCGGCGCUCGCAGGCCGGCGUCUGCGUGUGUGCCAGCAACGAGCCGGUGUGCGGCAGCGACGCCAACACCUACGCCAACCUGUGCCAGCUGCGUGCCGCCAGCCGCCGCUCCGAGAGGCUGCAGCAGCCGCCGGUCAUCGUUCUGCAGCGCGGCGCCUGUGGCCAAGGGCAGGAAGACCCCAACAGCCUGCGCCACAAAUACAACUUCAUCGCUGACGUGGUGGAGAAGAUCGCCCCGGCCGUGGUCCACAUCGAAUUGUUCCGCAAGCUUCCUUUCUCCAAGAGGGAGGUGCCCGUGGCCAGCGGGUCUGGGUUUAUCGUGUCGGAAGACGGGCUGAUCGUGACCAAUGCCCACGUGGUGACCAACAAGCACCGGGUCAAGGUGGAGCUGAAGAAUGGGGCCACCUACGAAGCCAAAAUCAAGGACGUGGACGAGAAGGCAGACAUCGCGCUCAUCAAAAUUGACCACCAGGGGAAGCUGCCUGUCUUGCUGCUCGGCCGCUCCUCGGAGCUGCGGCCAGGGGAGUUCGUGGUCGCUAUCGGAAGCCCGUUUUCCCUUCAAAACACAGUCACCACUGGCAUCGUCAGCACCACGCAGCGCGGCGGCAAAGAGCUGGGGCUGCGCAACUCCGACAUGGACUACAUCCAGACGGACGCCAUCAUCAACUACGGAAACUCGGGAGGCCCCUUGGUCAAUCUGGACGGCGAGGUGAUCGGCAUCAACACUCUGAAGGUGACAGCCGGCAUCUCCUUCGCAAUCCCUUCUGACAAGAUCAAGAAGUUCCUCACCGAGUCCCAUGACCGACAGGCCAAAGGGAAAGCCAUCACCAAGAAGAAGUAUAUUGGUAUCCGAAUGAUGUCACUCACAUCCAGCAAAGCCAAAGAGCUGAAGGAUCGCCACUGGGACUUCCCGGACGUGCUGUCGGGCGCCUAUAUCAUCGAAGUGAUCCCGGACACCCCCGCCGAGGCCGGCGGCCUUAAAGAAAAUGAUGUCAUCAUCAGCAUCAACGGACAGUCGGUGGUGUCCGCCAAUGACGUCAGUGACAUCAUUAAAAAGGACAGCACGCUGAACAUGGUUGUCCGCAGGGGCAACGAAGACAUUAUGAUCACAGUCAUUCCCGAAGAGAUCGAUCCGUAGUCGGAGCAGGAGCUGGACUUCACGUUUCCCUCGGAGGGCCUCCGGUGGCUGGUGCAUGGGGACUCUGGGCUGGCGGUGCGGGACGCCCACGACGUUGGACUGCCCUUUUGCUUGCUGGGUGGUGACUCGCCGGCCAGCAGAAUCCCUCUUGAUCGUUUGCAGGCAAAACCAGUGUAAUGCUGUGGAUCCGCAGGCAGCAGCUCUGCCCCCCGCCCCCGUGUUGCAAUGUGCUUCCGCUCGCCAGCUUGGGCUGUCCCUGCUUAGCCAGGCGGCCUCUGCCUCCUCCCUUCCCCGAGCUGUGGUCACAGCACGUGCAGCGGCAGACAGGUCCCGGGCGUGUGCGUGCUUCCUGCCACGGCAGCGCCCGGAGGAGGGGGCGCAGGGAGACCGCGCGGUGGGCGAACACUGCUUCUGAAACGGCCGAAGUGGCCUUUUUUUUAGGGAUCUCUUCAGACUUUGGGAGCACGAUGACUUUGAGUUUGAGCUAUUAAAAUACUUUUCUUCAUA